CAGAACAAUACUCCGUCCAGCGCCAUCUACUACCCACCGGUUGAGGCUCGGAACGUUCGCGAAGAUGGUGCCAGGGUCUGCUUCAUACGAAAAACCUUGCAGGACACCUUGAUGGCCACUUGGACAAAGAUAUAUUCACAGGCGCUCCUCCUUUCCACGGCUGCUCUCCCCUUCCAAUUCUGGCACUUUCGCAGGAGCGCGUUCGCUGACAUGAUUAACAUUAGCGGUUUUUGGAAGUGCUCUCCUAGCCUGGGCCUCCUUCUCUUUUGGGCUGGCCCCCAGUCAUUAGGACCCUGUCGCACUCGAUGGCGCUACAGUAGUGGCCGGCGCCACACUGACAGGAGCACAGCACGCCAUCACCUGCCGAAAACGAGCCCCAAAAGUACUCCAAAUUGCUUAUCUGGAGUAACACCAGACAGAGUUAUGGACGAUGUAACUGAGUCAAAAGGUUAUUGCUGCAUGGUGCUGCAUGUUCAAAGAAAAGCCUCACCGCCGUCGAAGGACUGUAAGUGCAGCUUCAUUGGUCUAGCCAGUGGCAAUAUACUGUCUUGCCAUCACGAGAACAGCCGUUUUUACGAAACCAGCGUUAUUGGUUUGACUUGGAGCUUACAUGGUGGUGAGAUGGAAGAACACGAAGACAAUUUGGGAUCCAUCUCUUGGGGCCAGACCUCCGACACUUCCGCCUGAUCAGUCCAUCAUAUUUUUGGAUAUGGAUAUAUGAUCGGAAGUAGUCGAACGUUACGGGUACUAGGCGCUACCUUGACCUAUGUCAUGUGUAGCAGCAGU